ACCCAGAAUCGAGAAAACCAAAAACCCCUCAAAUAUUGAUAAUAUAUUCUUUCUUUACCUUCCAGGCUUCCAGUCUCCAUCUUCGCCCUCAAAUACCUAUACGAAACCUUCGAUUCCUCCUCAUAUCGAUCUUCUGCAUCUCUGGUCCUUCCUUGUUCAUGUUUUUUUUCACCUUUAUUUCUCUCGAUUCGCGAGUUUCCUGUGCUCUAAAUCGAGGUUUCCUCUUUUAUUACUGUAGAUUAUCUUUUUGUAAUUUAUUAUUCGGGUGAAGAAGGGUUUUGAGGGUUGAGGAAUUUGUAGGGUUUGUGUGUUCAUAUUGGUUUGAGCUGUGGAGGUGAUGGAUUCAGAGGAUGAUAUGCACGAUGCGAACGAUGUAGAAUCUCUGGACGACUUCUACAGCGGCGAGACAGCCAUGGCGAGCGAUGAUGAUGAUGGGGAUUAUGACUUCAAUGACACCGAUGAUUCUGACGACAGCACGUUGCAUCGACAGCAGCAAAACUACACCAUAUUGAGUGAGGCAGAUAUACGUCAACGCCAGGAUGAUGAUAUUACAAUGAUAUCUACUGUGCUUUCCAUUGCAAGAGUUUCUGCUAGCAUCUUGCUACGUCACUAUAAUUGGAGUGUCAGUAAAGUGCAUGAUGCAUGGUUUGCAGAUGAGGACAAAGUACGUAAAGCUGUUGGUUUGUUAGAGAAACCAGUGGUUCAAAUUUCUAAAAAUGUUAAAGAACUGACUUGUGGAAUCUGUUUCGAAACAUUUCCUCGUGAUAGGAUAACAUCAGCUGUCUGUGGCCAUCCCUUUUGUGGUGCAUGUUGGACAGGCUACAUUAGUACGUCAAUUAAUGAUGGUCCUGGAUGUUUGAUGUUGCGCUGUCCUGAUCCAUCAUGUGGUGCUGCUGUUGGUCAAGACAUGAUCAAUCCAUUGGCUUCUAAUGAGGAUAAGGAGAAGUAUUCUCGUUACCUUCUUAGAUCUUAUAUUGAAGACAAUAGGAAGACGAAAUGGUGUCCUGCUCCAGGCUGCGAAUAUGCUGUAGAUUUUGUUGUUGGAAGUGGAAGCUAUGAUGUUUCUUGCCACUGCUCACACAGUUUUUGCUGGAAUUGUACAGAGGAAGCUCAUCGACCAGUGGACUGUGGUACUGUGGCUAAAUGGAUUUUGAAGAAUAGUGCUGAAUCUGAAAAUAUGAAUUGGAUAUUAGCUAAUUCCAAGCCUUGUCCCAAGUGCAAGCGCCCAAUUGAGAAAAACCAGGGCUGUAUGCAUAUUACAUGCACGCCUCCUUGUAAAUUUGAGUUUUGCUGGCUGUGCCUUGGUGCAUGGUCAGAUCAUGGUGAGAGAACUGGUGGUUUUUACGCAUGUAACCGUUACGAGACAGCAAAGCAAGAGGGAGCUUAUGAUGAGACUGAGAAAAGGCGAGAGAUGGCUAAAAAUUCUCUAGAGAGAUAUACUCAUUAUUAUGAACGUUGGGCAACCAACCAGUCGUCAAGGCAAAAGGCUUUGGCAGAUUUACAUCAAAUGCAAACUGUUCAACUUGAAAAACUUAGUGACAAGCAGUCCCAACCUGAGUCGCAGCUCAAAUUUAUUACAGAGGCCUGGCUACAGAUAGUUGAAUGUAGGCGGGUUCUGAAGUGGACCUAUGCCUAUGGAUAUUAUCUUCCUGAGAAUGAACAUGCUAAGAGACAAUUCUUUGAGUACUUACAAGGUGAAGCGGAAUCUGGAUUAGAAAGGCUUCAUCAGUGUGCGGAGAAGGAACUACAAGUUUACCUGAGUGCUGAUGGCCCAACUCCAGGCUUCAAUGAAUUCCGCACAAAACUUGCUGGGCUGACCAGUGUGACACGGAAUUACUUUGAGAACUUGGUCCGAGCAUUGGAGAAUGGUCUGUCGGAUGUUGACAGCCAUGGUGCUUGCAGCAGGGCAGGAAGCUCAAAGAACUUGGGUGGCAAGGGUAGAGGUGGAAGAGGCAAAGGAACAUCAUCCAAAUCUGGUGGCCCUAGCAGAAACUUGGACGACUCAGGCUGUUGGUCGUGUGAACACUGUACCUUUGCUAAUACAGUGUCUACUACCGUCUGUGAGAUGUGCCGUCAGCAUCGGUAGGCACUGCUUGAUUCCUGCAACUUACAAGAGAUCCUUGUGGAAGUUCCAGUGGUGAAACUUCCAGGUGCAGCGCCGCCGGGUCUAUCAGGUUGUGAAUGCAUUGAAAAGCGAAAGAAUUGAAAUGAGGAAAAGGGAGAUGAAACAGCCUUUCCUCUAGGUGUGUGUGUUGAAGAAACGAACACUAUCGCUGUAUAUAAAAAAUCUAGUCGUCCAAACUGGUUUUGAUACUCAUCUCAUAUAAUAUACUGGCAGCAGGGGCUAAUGAGAAACGCGGUCAUAGUAGCCUUUUGCAGAGCCUAGAAGAGAUUUGUAGCAUCUAUGAAUUCUGAUGGAAUGUAUAUGCACUCUUUUUCUGGAUCUUGUU